GAGUAGGCACGACCGGGUGGGUGCGGGCUUGCUCUUGGGGGUGGCGGAGGUGGUAGGCGGCGGCGAGAUUGUGGGUUGAAGUUUUAGCAGUAAUUUAACAAGAGACAAGAAAAAAAGGGUUAUUGGGCGUAGGAGAAAUGACCGCCGAACUACAGUGUGAAAACGAAGAGAGCGCGGAAAAGACGCAACAGUUCCUUGUUAACCAACUGCGGGAAAUCACAGGAACACAAGACAUCCGAAUUUUGCAAAAAACACUGAAGGCCAGUAAUUGGGAUGUAAGUCAAGCCAUCAGCCUUCUUACUGCUCAGGAGCCAGAGACAGAGGUCACUGCAGUAGAACCAUCAGCCACAGAAGGAAGUGCAGUUGGUAGAGAUGUGGAGAAAAACAGCACUGAUGUUACUCAUAACGAUAAUGAUGAUCUUCAGGCCGCCAUACAGCUGAGUUUACAAGAGUCUUGCUGUGCUCAAGUGGAAGAAAGAGACUUAAACAGAGCUUUGGAAGCCAGUGUUGCUGAGAGCAAGGCUUGUGUAAAGCGGAAAAGGUGCGAAGCUUGGGGAGAUAAUUCUUUGAACCCUACUGAUUGGAUUAGGCAAAAUGACUGGCCAGUGGGGAUGAAGAAUGUUGGAAACACAUGCUGGUUCAGUGCUGUUAUACAGUCCCUGUUUCACUUGCCACAAUUCCGAAAAUUGGUCUUGAAUUAUAGUGUUCCUCAAAGCAUCUUGGAAAACUGCAAAAACCAGAGGGUGAAGAGAAACAUUGCUUUCAUGCAGGAGCUUCGGUGUCUCUUUGCCCUCAUGGUUGGUACUAAUCGAAAGUUUGUAGAUCCUUCUGCCGCUGUUGAGUUGCUGAAAGAUGCUUUUCGCACAACUGAAGCCCAACAGGAUGUUAGUGAGUUCACCCACAAACUCCUAGACUGGCUAGAAGAUGCCUUCCAGUUGACAGCUGAUGGAAAUAACCCAGCUGGAAAACAGGAAAACCCAAUGGUCCAACUUUUUUAUGGCACCUUCUUGGCAGAACGAACACAUAAUGGUAAAACCCUAUCCAAUAUUGAACGUUUCGGACAGUAUCCUUUGCAGGUAAAUGGCUUUGACAGCUUACAUGAAUGCCUGGAAGGUGCCAUGGUUGAAGGAGAGAUUGAGGCCUUGCAUUCAGAUCAGACCAUCCAUUCCAGCCAAGAGCGCUGGUUUUCAAAAUUGCCUCCUGUUUUGACAUUUGAACUUUCACGGUUUGAGUUCAACCAAUCGCUUGGGCGACCAGAAAAGAUUCAUAAAAAACUGGAGUUUCCGCCGGUCAUUUAUAUGGACAGGUAUCUUCAUAAAAACAUGGAACUGACACAUACCAAGAGAAAGGAAGUUAAGACGUUGAAAGAACAAAUGAUUUUUCUUCAACAGAGAUUAGAAAGCUACCUAAGCUAUGGCUCAGGACCAACAAAGUAUCCAUUGGCUGACAUGUUGCAGUAUGUCUUGGAGUUUGCUUCCACACAGCCCACUAAUUUCUCACCCACUCAAAACAUCAGAAUUGCUGCCCUGCCACAGAAUGAAACCAUCACCUUAGCUACAGAAACACCGCUAGAGCUAACCAGCCUUGCAGAAACUGAGACCUUGACGCCACAAGUGGAUAAUGAGGUGGCAUCUCCAGCAUGCCCGAGAAUACCAGGUUUCAAGCCUUUUACACAUUGCAACACAACCACGGAUGCCCCUCCAUACCCAGCCCCCCAUAGUGUGACUGAGGAAGAACUAAUCUUCAUCAAAAGUUGUUUGCAGCGCUGGCGAAGAGAGGUGGAACAGAACAUACAAGAGUUGAAAGACAAUAUUGAAACAAUCAAAAAUACAUUAGAAAACAUAUAUUCAGAUGACCAGUUUUGCCAGGUCCCAUAUAGACUCCAUGCUAUCCUUGUUCAUGAGGGUCAAGCUUCAGCAGGACAUUACUGGGCAUAUAUUUUUGACCACGAAGCCAAACGCUGGCUAAAAUAUAAUGACAUCUCUGUUACUGAGUCGUCUUGGGACGAACUAGAGAGAGACUCCUUUGGUGGAAUGAAGAAUGCCGCAUAUUGCCUUAUGUACAUAGAUGAUAACUUACCAAACCCCAUAGCAGAGGAGACAGAUGUAGAGACGGGGCAAGUGCUAAAAGGACUAGACUCCUUGCCUGCUGUUCUUCGGCGUUAUGUGUGGGAGGAUAACCGUUGGUUUCAGCAGGAAGUGGAAGAGUGGAAUGAGGAACAGUUUCGGAAAGUUCCACAAAAAGAACAUCCUGUGAGCAUGACCGCUGAAAGCCAGGAAACUACUCAGUCAGUAAACACCUCUGAAGAUCUGACUGUUCAACAAACCCAUCGGUCUUUGUCAGAAGAACAUGCUGGUAUUUCAAAGGAGCAGACUGCCCAGGCCAUUGCUAAUACUGCUGAGUGCUAUGAAAAAAAUGGUGUUGAAGCUGCACUUACAGAGCAGUCAGAAUCAGAACCCAACAACAGCUCUGGGGAGGCAGGAAUGACAUCUGUCUCUGUAAGCGAGAACACAGAGAUUCAGGAGCAGUCGAGCAAAACAGAUGAAAGACCGGCUGAAAGCCAGGUCUCGGAAGUGGAGAUUCCAAAUGUGGGCAAGAUUCUAGUUCGCUCUGACGGAGAUGGUUAUAAUGAGGAGAUGAUGCUAACACCAGCUAUGCAAGGAGUCAUCUUGGCCAUAGCAAAAGCCAGACAGGUCUAUGACAAAGAUGGACCUGAAGCUGCACUCAUAAAGGCUUUUCAUGAAGAAUAUUCACGGCUAUAUCUUCUGGCUCAGGAACAAGCCACACCACAGAAUGACCCUCGGUUACAGCAUGUUUUAGUCUACCUCUUUCAGAACAAUGCACCCAAGCGUAUCAUAGAGAGAACGCUGUUAGAACAGUUUGCUGACAGAAAUCUUAGUUAUGAUGAAAGGUCUAUUAGCAUAAUGAAAGAGGCUCGUGCCAAACUACGUUUGAUUGGACCAGAAGACAUGGAUAUGGAUGAGUACAGGAAAUGGCAUGAAGACUACAGUCUUUUUCGUAAAGUAUUUGUGUAUCUUCUAACAGGACUUGAGCAAUACCAGAAUGGAAAAAUUUCAGAAGCUGUCACUUACCUAGUAUAUGCUUACCAGAACAACACAACAUUGCUGAUGAAUGGAAAUACUAGGGGAGUGGAGGAAAAACUGAUUGCACUUUAUAGGAGGAGAUGUUUGAAGGAUCUUAAUGAGAAUGCUGCCAGACUCUUUGACAGUGGAGAGGAGACUGAUGUAGCAGAAUGCAUGAGAAUUAUGAAUGAUAUAGUGAUUCCUUGCAUGCAUUUGAUGAUCACCAAUGACAUCUGUAAGGAAGAUCUAGAUGCUAUUGAGACUCUGAGGAACCGCUGGUGUUCUUAUCUCGGACAGGACAUAGAUGCUGCUCUACAAGAAAAAUUAGGAGAAUUUUUACCAAGACUAUUGGACUGUUCUGCUGAAAUCAUUGUACUUAAGGAACCUCCAAAGAUAAGGCCACAUUCAUCUCAUGAUCUUUGCAGUCGAUUUGCUGCAGUAAUGGAAUCAAUCCAUGGAGUAACACCAGUGACUGUGAAAUAAGACUUCACAAGCUCCAAACCCACAACUGUUGCUCAUCCAGGGGGUUCAGGUUAGAUGUUUGAAUGUCUCCAAAUGCAAGAACAAAAUAUUUUAAGGCAGUUAUUCAAUAUUCACUGAUUCACAGUUUGCCUUACAUUUGUACUUUUCCCCUUGGAUUAUGAGGUCCCAAGUAUGUUUAGAGAUUUUUUUUUUAACAUAAGACUAGUUCACAUUGAAAACUGGUAUUGGAUAGAUGUAUUGUGGCACCGUGGUGUAGUCUACGGCUCAACAUGGUGAGGCACAAAUUGAAAUACUGCAUCCUUCCCCAUAUUGAUUGCCAAACAACAUUCCGCCAGAAGAUGAAGGCAUUGGUAUUGAAUUGAGGAGCUUGUACUCUGUGGAAAAGUUUGUUUGCCGGAGGUGAUUUCAAAUGCUAUCUGUGCCCCAACUAAAAAGUACAACAGAACUGUUGUCAGAAGGUGCUUGUGAGAAUCAGAUUGCUGGGUGCAAUACAUGAAAUCUUUGCUAUCAACAUGUUAAAAAUACAGAAUACAUUUAUUUUGUUAUCAUUGGUUAACUAUGAAAGAGGCAAUGGACAGUUUGUCAUUAACUAAAAAUGUCCCAGCUCAUAAUAAUGUGCAAUAUAAGGUUAGAUUAUUGAAGCUUAUUUAGGAAUACCGCAAGUAAACAUACUGAUUACAAAAAAUACACAGGUUUGACCUUGUAAUAGAUAAUCUUGGUACUCCAAAAACAAAAUCAUUUUCUCAUGUUAAUGUGUACUGUAUAUACGGUAUCCUGACAACCCUGUCCUAACAUAAUAUCAACAGCCAAUUGCGAUAUUUUGGGCAUGUAGUUAGGAUGCUACCCUUGGCAUCUUCUAGAUGGAAUGUGUGCCAUUCACAACUCACAGGGAGAAGACCCAAGGGAAACUCCAGGACCUACAGUAGUAGGGGGAUUCUGUAUCUUGAUUAGCCUGGAAAUGUCUGGAAAUUACCCAGGAAAAUCUGGAAAAAGUUGCUGAGAAUAAGCAACUAGGAAAAGUCAAUGAUGGUAAUUAUAAUCAUCAGUUCGGGUCAUCAUCAACAUCAUUUCACAUAUGUGAUCUUGUGUUGAGGUGAUUUUUUUUUUUAUACCGCCAAUGUAGUGUGGAAAUCUUAUUAAUUUUAGUAUCAAGGUAUUGGCAUCAAGAACAAAGUAAAAAAAAAAAAAAAGAGUCCUGAUUUGAAUUAAUUUCAUAAAAGUCCCGUUAUUUGUAUUAAAGAUCUGUGCUGGUUAAUGUUCUAUUCUCACCUUGGACCUCUCUGGUUCUGUGCAUGUUUAACAUUAUUUCUUCUUGUUUUUUUAUUUUUUAUUUUCUCUCAUAAUUCAUCUAGACGGUAAUUUUUUAAUGUUCAGAUUUGACAUUUCAUUGCACCUGGUGUAUUUUGGUUUUCAUUUGGGAUAUGGGUGCCAUUGCUGACCAUGUGAUUACAGGCAUUUGAGUGUGACAUUGAAUAUUUAAGAACAAGCCCCACAUUCACAUAUUGUCUGACAUUUGUUAAAGGGAAGGUUAUUUAAAUCAGUAGUGUCAAUUUCUAGAGUUUAUUCUAUUCUAAAGAGUUUCAUAAAAUUCUUCAUUCACCGUUCUGUUUUCUGCGUUUUGCAUUGCCCAUUCCAGUUUGAAGACAAAUUUAGUUGUUUUAACUCCAAAUUCUGAUCCAAUCAAACUACUUUGUCCUUGUUUCACAUCAUGUUUUUUAAUUUUUUUUUUUACCACUGAAAUAAAAAAAAUAAUUAACCAGUGUUUCUGUUCAAAGAAUAGAUAGAUUGGUUUAAUUAUGUCAGGACAGACUAUUGCCUACCUUGAUCUACUAAAAUAAUUUUCUAGGUUAAUGGCACAAUCUGAACUUUCAGCCUUAUGGUCUCUUAGAGAAUGUUACGUGUUUUAUGUUUUUAAAGCAGCCCCAUAGCUGUAAAAUAUUACACUACAUACACAAUAUAAUUUGAAACACUUCUAGAAAGUGUUGUCAGCUUAUAUUAUAUAUGCAAAUGUAAAAAUUAAAUGAUUUUCAAAACUAUAAAGGAGAGUUAACUGAUUUCAGCUGUGAUACUCCAUCAGGUGACACACAGCAUAUUAAGAUUAGUGAAAUUUUAGCUUGAAAUCAACUUUAAUUUAUACUCUUAACUACAUAAUAUCAACUUCAACUGAGUUAAUUUUAAGUCCUGACUUGACAUAUGGCAAUUUUCUUAUACUGUGUUUGUCAUUUCAUACCACCAUUAUAUGGCCUCUCAGUAUUUAUUGAAUUAUAAACAACACAUACAUGCUGCUUGAAUAGCUAUAAAGGAUAAUUAAAAAUAUUAUUUGGGAAAAAUAGUAUAGAAAUCAGAGAUUUUCCAGCUAUACACAAUAUUUUAUUAAUAAUAGCAGAUUGUUAAAAAUUAUGGCAUACUGUGCAAUUGUGUUUACAUUUCUCUAUAAUAUAAAAUGAAAGAUUGGAAAGAUUGGAUUUUUAAUAGGAAAAUAUUAACCAUGUGGCAGUUUCAGGAACACCGUGGUGCUUCCUGGUAGACAGACAAGAUCUUAAUUUUAUGGUGGGAAUGGUUAUUCUCAGCAGGACAGUGUAAGCCACAUUAACUAUGUAACACUACAGUGUAUUUCUCAAAGUAUAACUGUAUGAGCAACUAUGGUUUGCUUUUCUUAUUUCAUGUCAAUUUAAAUGUACUGAAUACUUUAAGGUAACAUCAGUUGAACUGCAAAGAUGAUACUCUUGGAAACAAUAGGAAAUAACUUUUGACUUGUUAUCACCAACUGUUUGUGUACAUUUUUGUUCUGGAGCUAAAAACUAAUGCCAAAUUAUUCAUUGACAAAUUUAUUUCUGAUUUCAUAUUCAGUAUCUUCAAUAUUUUUAAGCAGAGCCUUUGAAGAAAUAUGUUACCUACUCAUUCAGUCUACAAUAAAAUAUGUAGUUUGUUUCCUGCUUCCAUUCAGUGUAUCUGCUGUGUUCAUAUGGAGGUGCAUUAACUGAAUCAUUCUCUUCUCCUCUCCUUUACAGAUGUGGUGUAUAGGUUUGAGAUAUGUCCUAGUUAGUUUGAGAUGGAAGGACAACAUAGUCAUUCAUCUCCAGGUAGACAUAUGCAAUCAUAUUUAGGAGGCACUUUUGAUGGCUGUUGCACUUGAAUAUAUAAAUAAAUAUAUAUAUAUAUAUAUAUAUAUAUAUAUAUAUAUAUAUAUAUGUUUCUCACAUGUGCACAUUUAGUUAUUUUUCAUUAAUUUGUCUGCCAUCAAACACAAGCCUUGAUAUAAAUAGCUGACUAAAAAAGGAAAACAAUAGUUAAUGGUUGUAUGUGAUAGACACAUGCUAUAUUUCCCUGUAGUCACAAAAGAUUAUUGUCAUUCCCACAAUCUAGUAUUAGUUUCUAAUUAUUUAGCUGUUUCCCAUUUUUCUUUAUGCUUAAUAUAAAAUGUUUUGUUCACUUUUUCUAAUUUUUUUCUGGUAUCAUGCUGAGUACCUUUUGUUUACCACAAAAAUACAAUAUGCUCCUGAUCAACAAGACUGCUAUAGACAUUUCAUCUCUCAUUUGGUGUACUUGCAAUCUUAUAGUACAAAUAAAAGAAUCCCACUACACUUGGAUUUAC